AAAACAUACUGCUCUCUCUCUAUACGAGGGUUAGGGUAGGAGAGGAGAGUGAAGUGAGCGUCUGGCUUUCACUAUAAAAAAGCUUCUGUGACCAGUGCGUGUGUAGGGAGCAGUAGGACUUUCUCAACGGACACCCUUUCUCUUCUUUUUGUCAUCAAUAACAACCCUCCAUUUUGUUUCUCUUUCUCCUUCUUUUCCAGUUACAAAAGAAGGAUACUUUUGCUUUCUCUUUGUUAAGUAUAGGAAACAAUUCUUCUUUUCCAGUCAUCAAUAUUUUUUUUUGGCUUAUGGCAAUCAACUUUAAUCUGACUACAGCUGAUUAUGACAUUCUCAGUAGGAGGUGAAGGAACAACUUCCAUAUCUAAAAGCAGAAUACUGCCAAGUUGUUUUUGUUGAUACGGUAAACAGAAAGUAAAGCUAUGGCCUGGAUGCAAAAUAUGUACAGGAAGUUUGAAGCUAUGUGUUUGGAGUUGGAUUACAUCUUGGAGCAGGAAGGGUUGGAAUAUGUGAACCAAUUGCAGAAAACAGGUGCCAAUGUCAAGCAAUUUUGCUCAGAAAUCAUGCGAGAAGUGCUGUCUAAGCCUGCUGAGGAUACCAUGGAUGGUGUAGCUAGUGACUCUUGCCAAGUGAAAAACAUUGAGGUGGAUAAAAUGUCAAAAGAAGGCAUUGUCCAAGACCAUUUUGAUAUGGAACCUUGCAAUUUGAGGCAACCGCUUUAUUCAUUUUCUGUUGAACGUAUCAAGGCCACAAAGGAUGAUCUGUCUUUGGAGGAAAUGGUUGUUGCUGAGAUACAUGAAAAAUCAAUGUCAAUUUUUAAGGAAAUUCAUUCCGAGGAAAAGCAAGUUCAGCUUGAGAAGUUAGAUACCCCAGAAGAGAAAGAUCUGAGCAUUUCAGUGUUAUCCUCAACAUCUUAUGAUCUACUAGAAAGUAACUCUCUCACAGAAGUAAUUCCAAUAGACAAGCCAUCUUCAAAAUCUGUUAAUUUGGUUUAUUCCAACGAAAGCAAGGUUCCAGAAUUGGGAUUUACUUCCAGUGAAACCUCAGCUGAAUCAAUCAGACAAUUAGACAACUCCACUGAAGAUGCUGCCAAUCUGGGGUUAUCGUGUACAGGGAAGCUUGAUGGGAGUUGCUUUGUAAUAGAUUGUAAUGAACUUUCUUCUGUUUCCUCUGAAGCAGGACAACUUUGGUCUUCCAAGGAAAGGACAGCAAAUCAAGUUUUCAAUCAGGAACCAGCUCGGUACAGAAAUCUCGGUCCAGAAUCGAGUCAUCGGAGAGAAGGUUUUGCAUCAUCUGUUAUUACCACACCAGAUGACAGUCUCUCUGAUUCCGAGUGGGUGAUAGUCUAGAUAUAUUAACAUAUGAUGAACUCGAUAACUUGAAGUGAUUUUGUUGUCUCACUCGUGCACAUAGAAGAUGGAAAUAUCUCUCGUUUCAGAUGCUUUGAUUGAAUUCGGCUAGUACAUUCCUGAUAAUUUGUAUAGAGGUCGAGAGAGAUUUAGGUCCUUUCAAGGCUCGAGGGAGUCCAUCAUUGUCUAAGCAAUGGAACCAUUUACUUAUGAAUAAAUAGCAUUGCAGCAA